AUGGGGUCACAAUUCACCGUCACGGUUGCGCUGUCACGAUCAAGCUGGAUUGUCCGAUUCCCGACCACCGCUGGAGGAGCUAUGAGCGACGACGAAGUCCUGGGACUCGAAGCUGGCCCGGCGGUCAGCAAUCUGUGGACGCUCUUCAAGCAGCAGGUCAAGCGGCCGUUCUACUCGCUCUACCUGCGCCGGCUGCGAGCCCAGGCGAGCUCUUGCGCAAACCCAAGCACAUUGGAUUCAUCAUGGACGGCAACCGCCGGUUCGCUUCGCGAGGUCGGCUUGGCGAGUCCGCUGUGGGGCCAUCAGCGAGGUGCCGACAAGCUCAGCGAGAUACUCGAAUGGUGCUAUCACAACGAUAUUCGAGUGGUGACGGUGUGGUGCUUCUCGCUGGAGAACUUUCAGCGCAGCGCCGCCGAAGUCGAGGGUUUGCUGAACCUGUUCGAGGACAAGACCCGCGAGAUUCGCAGUGAUCGUCAGAUCCGCCGGGCCGAAGAGGCCACCGCCGGCUAUGACAGCUAUCAGCUCAAUAUCGCGAUGGCCUACGGUGGUCGGGAGGAGAUAACCGAGGCCUUCCGCGGCUACCUCGAAGAGCAAGGUCGCCGAGGCGAAUCACUCGAUUCGAUGAUCGCUGGCCUCGACGCCGAGGCUAUCCAGCCCUUCCUCUACACCUCGGGUCUACCCGAGCCCGACCUGAUCCUACGCACCAGCGGCGAGUUGCGCUCGUCGGGCUUCCUGCUGUGGCAGAGCGCCUACUCGGAGUUCUACUUCUGCGACACCUGCUGGCCGGCCUUUCGUGAGAUCGACUUCUUGCGCGCUUUGCGGUCCUACCAUUUGCGCCAACGGCGCUAUGGCCGGUGA